AAACAAAGAUUUUUUUUUAGGCCUUAGUUUAUCUUUCGUCAGAACAAAUGUUAAAUGUUUACACUGAGCAUUUGCGUAUAUGAAUAUGGAAUAAAUAGUAUCACGAUUUGCACAUAUUAGAUGCUGGUUGUGGAACUGGCAAUUAUGCAAAAACACUCAUUGAAAUGGGAGCCCGUCAGAUAACGCUACUGGAUGCGUCAUCGGAGAUGCUAGAGAUAGCUAAAUGCAAACUCAGUGACUGCAUAGCAAGUGGAAUGGUUAAAAAGGUCGUUGAGGCAAAGAUGCCUCCAAUCCCGUUUCCAGAUGAAACUUUUGAUGUUGUUAUGUUCAAUUUGGUUUUGAACCAUCUUGACCGAGGGAAUCCUGCUUUUCCGAAUAAUGUGAAUACACUCAAGGAAUCAGUUAGAAUCCUAGAACCAGAUGGAUUGAUCAUUGUAUCAACAGUGCUAUCAACAACGUUGUCGAGAGUACUAUGGUUCUCGCAGCUGAAUAUGGAACUAACAAAUCGUUUUAAUGCAACCAUUCUUCCGUCAGUUGAACAGUUUGAAAAAAUGUUUGAAGAUGCUGGUAUCAAGUGUAUUCAGAAACUGAAUAUUUUGGGUUCCGAUCUAUACAAAAGCUAUUACAAUUUAAAUGGCCCUUUAGACGAGUCCUGGCGUAAGCCCAGUGCAUACUGGUCAUUUGCGACAACAGAGGAGGUGGCAACUGCUGUUCAGAAAGUGAAAGUAUUAAAGGAUAAGGGGGAAUAUGAACAAUGGGUCAAGGAACAUGACCACACUAAGAGUUCAGGUGUUCUCACCAUAUUCUUUUGUACACCUUUGCCAACACAGAAAGACACGCCUUUAGCUACUUAGUACUGCUGUUUUCUUAGUAAAAGGAAUAUGCUAAUAAUGCAUACUCGAAUAUGAAUAGAAAUUAUCGUCAAUGAAACCAUUCAUCACAGCAGUGUAACUUUACUUAAAAUGAUGAUGUUCAUAAUGAUGUGAUGCAUUGUUUGCCGUUAAUUCUUAUUUUUUGUAACUAUUUAUCAUUUCUCAUUUGAAACUCAGCAUCUCUUAUAUGCUAAGAUUCAGACAGUAGUGUCAAUCCAUGUACCGAACAUUAUAAAUGUACCGGAUAUCAUGAUACUAGUAUCGAUUAGAUUUAUCCAGAGUUCGAGUUGUUGUUGAAAAUGAAUACGCUAAUUGAGCCGCGUCACGAGAAAACCAACAUAGUGGCUUUGCGACCAUUGCGG